AUGUCAUUUUUGGCUCGACACAAUAUUUUCGUUGCUAUUAUAUUCGGUUGUUUUGCUGUUCUUAUACCACGAAUUUUUUUGCCAUUAUUUCGUUCAAGAUCAUCAUCACCGACGACUCAUAUCGAUGAUUAUUUUCAACGAGUACCAUCAUCGAUGUCUCCUAAUCAUAACGAUAAAGAUUCUUCAUCGCAUAUGUAUAACGCAUACUCGAAUAUGCGAAUGCCUAAUUCUGGUGCUGAUAGUCAACAACAAUCAUCAAUCGAUCAAAAUAAUUCAAAAUCAAGUGCAACUUUUGUUUUACCAAUGUAUACUGUUGGUAUAGGACUUUUUUUUAUUUAUACAUGUUGCAAAUAUUGGAAAAAACGUAAUAGUGAAGAAAAUAAAAUAAAACUUCAAUAUUCAACAAAUAAUAUUCAAUGGAAUAAUGAAAAAAGAAAAUUUAAAUAUCAUGCUAAUAAUCAUCAUAGUGAAGAUGAUGAAGAAAAUGAAGAUUCAUAUGCUGGACUAGAUCCUGAUUAUGUUGAAUAUUUAAAAUCGAAAAGACGAAAAGAAUUCGAAGCUGAACAAAAUGCUACAGUUGAACAAAACCAAAUGUAUCAUGCUCUUGAUGAAAUGAAAAGUUCAUUAUCAUUUAUUAAUUCAAAACUUGGAACAAAUGAAAGAAAAAAUAAUUUAACUAAAUAUGAAAUAUCACAAUUACAAGAUCGUUUAGCUUCAACUGAAGUUCAAAUGUAUAAAAUUUUAAAUACAAUUAAUGCUGUUACAAAUAAAGUUAAUGAAUUAACCAAAAAUACACGACAAUCUCUUGAAAAAUCAGAAGAGAAUUUUAAUAAUGAAGAAGAUUAUCAUCUAUCAUUAAGAUCACAUGAUGAAAGUGAAGAUAGUAUAAAUGAUGAAGAAAAUUCAAAUAGUGACGAUAAUUCAUUGCAUCAAGAAGAACAAAUAUCACUAAAUAAUCAACAUGAAACUUCAUCAUCAUCAUCAUCAUAUGAAGAUGAUGAAGAAAAUUCUAAUGAAUCAAAAGAAGAAGAUGAUGAUGAUGAUGAAUCUGAAUCAUCAUCUGAACGUUAUGGUAUGAUGAAUACUAAUUAUGGAUCGGAUCCAAAUACAAUUGAUGAUUAUGAAUUAAAUACAAAUAACAAGUCUGAACAAACAACUGAUAGUCGAACCAAAGUACAUGAAUGGCGUCAACGUAAUCAUUCUCAAUCGUUAAGUAGUAGUAAUUCAUCAAUAGAACAAGAUCAAUCGAUACCAAAUGAAGAACAAAACCAUUUAAGAAGACGACAAUGUCAAGAAUAG